CAGCAAGUUUCAUUGUUUGAGCCAUGCCUGACGUCACCAGUUCGUGAACCACAUGCAUUGAAGCCGAAAAAGUCUCGGUCUCCCUCACAGCUUCUGGUGAAUUAACGAAUUCUCCCCUUUCUCCUCCCGCCUCAAUUAAAAAAAAAGUUUCGAAACGAAAACAAGAACGUUAACAAAUAAUUCCACCAUCUGCCCCCUCCAACUCCCGACGUAUCCGGAAGGGAAGUCGAUGACAUUUGCGGGGCUUAGGUGCAACUGCUCCUGUAAGGUGACUGGCCAGAUGAGAGCUGACAAUUCAAUUGCGAUUGAUAUGACGAGCAUUGAGCUACACUGAGAACUUAUCUUCUUCAAAAGUGAUAUGGAGUCUGGGGAGUGGCUGGCAUCCAAUUCCUCUGCCCCUUCUACAUCUUCAGCAUCCUCCACUGCUACCGCAUCAGCUGCUACAAAGGGUAGCCUUUCAACGGGAGCUGCAGGAUUUGGCUCCACACUGUCGACCUGCGGGCAAAUGUUUAGAGCAGCAGCUGGAGAUCAGCCUUUUAAUUUGUCUGGAGUAUCGAGUGCCUUCCCAAUGGUUAACCACGCAGCCUUUGGACUGCACACUACAAGCUCAGGGCGUUCGGAGUUUGGUGGCCUGGGAACAAUUGGUGCAUCUACAGCCUUAGUGGGACAUACACAGCUGUCAUCCUUUCCAGGUACUGAAUGGUGGCGAACUACAGAAACGCAGACUCGUCCAGGGACAACUUUUUUCCCAUCAGGCAUGCUACGAAUUCCACCUGUGUUUGCUGCUUCAACUCCAAAUCAUGAUUCCAAUCCAUUCCAUUCCCGAAGCACAAAUAAGUUUGGUCGGGGGACACAAAAAGGUAUGAAUGGAUCAUUGAAUGGUAACACCAUUACAGCAGUGUCAGGAGUCAGCACAUCUGGACUAGGUACCACUGGAAUGAUUUCAUCAGGACAAGCCAAAAUGACAAUUUCUGGAAAAGGGCACAAAUGUGUUCUUGAACAAAAUAAGCAUCCAGAAACUCCAACGGACAAGCUAAAAGAUAAAAAGCCCAGAAAGAAAGCAAUUGAAAGCUCCAGCAAUAGUGAAAGUGAAUCAGGGACAACGUCAGACUCUUCAAGUGAAGGUUUGAGCAGCAGUGAUUCUGACGACUUUGAUGAUGAUGAUGACGACGAUGACGACGACGAUGACGAUGAUGAUGACGACGACGACGAUGACGACGACGAUGAUGAUGAUCAAAGUAUUGGCGAAGAAGAUAGUGAAGAAGGUGAUUCUGAUUCUGAAACUGAAACAGCACAUGCAAAGAAGACUAAGAGUUUGAUGCAUACUGCAAAGGAGCCAAAAGAAACAGGCCAGAAUGUUUGUGACAUUAAGCAGUCACAUGACAAAAGAAUGAACCAGCAUCUACAUCUUGCCACAGAGUCACAGACUUCACAUUCAUUCCAAUCCCAGCAAAAACAGCCUCCAGUUUUGUCACAACUUUCCCUCAUUUUCCAGACCUCCCAUUCAAACGAUGAGUCUGGUAAAAAACACCAGAGUGUCAUUCAGUCCACAGGACUAACAGUUGGGAUGAAACCUGUGCCUUUGGUCAAUCAGGGAAGGAAAGAAUCUUCUCCAAAACCAACUGGUGCUUUGCCUGAACUUCUAAAGGCAGGGAAUAUUUGUGCUUCUGAAGACCUGGGGUCACCACAUGAUCUUCGUGUGAAGCAGGAACUAUUUAAGCAGUCAUUUCCAGCACAAUUAAAGAAACAACAAGAACAAUACAAAGCCCAGAAGAAGGCAGCGGCAGGUAUUAAGAAGAGCUUCCAGACACCCUUGACUAGUCCAAAAUCUGCCGCUAGUUCACCAGCACACCAGAAACUGCCUCCAAUUGAUGGUAACCAGUCAAACCCCUUGGUAUUAAGUGCACUUGUAGCACAGCAGCAACCUAACGGGGUAAUUCAGAGUGUCAUUCAGGAAGCCCCUUUGGCACUUACAACCAAAUCUAGAAUCCAAAUUAAAAAUACUGAUAAAGUAGUUUUGAACUCUGGUAGUACCACAUCCAUUUCACCACUUCCCUUGGGUUCUAAUUUGAAGAAUCAUUCCAGCAAUCAUGUGACACCAGUUCGACAUUCUACCUCUCCUGUAUUAUCCCAGAAUUCUCCUAAAGACAAAUCAGUGAGUGUUAAGAUCACUGCACAGCAGCAACAUCACCAUUAUACAACCCAGUCUUUGGCUGAUCAUUUUAGAGGGAUUGAUUCUGAUGUUCCAAGUAGCAAGGAUUCUGAUGAGUCCAAUGAAGAGGAAGAUGACGAUGAUGAUGAAGAUGAUUCUGAUAAUAGUCAAUCAGAGGCUGAUAGUGACUCAGAGACAGAAACGGAUGGAUCAGAUGAAGAUGUUAAGGAACAAGAUAAGGCAGAAACAGAGAAUGAAGGAGAAGAAAUUGCACAUAAAUCAAAUAAGGCUCCACAUUCAAGUCACAAUUCUUCCAGUCAGUCAGCCCAAUCAACACCCAUUAGCCUGCAUGUAUUGAAGACACCAAAGUCAGCACCUGGCCCAUUAGCAUCAGAAUCUACAACACUGGUCUACACAGGAGCCCCAUCAUCUUCACUUGCACCAUGUGGCUCUGGUAAAAGAAGAAGAGUCACUGAUGAAAGAGAGCUACGCAUCCCUUUGGAAUAUGGAUGGCAGAGAGAGACCAGAAUUAAGACUGUUGGUGGCCGCCUUCAGGGAGAGGUGAUUUAUUAUGCCCCUUGUGGAAAAAAACUUCGUCAGUAUCCUGAAGUAAUGAAGUACCUUACUAGGAAUGGAAUAACGGACAUCACUAGGGAUAAUUUUAGCUUCAGUUCAAAAAUGAAGGUUGGUGACUUCUAUGAAGCCAGAGAUGGACCUCAGGGUAUGCAAUGGUGCCAUUUAAAAAAUGAGGAAAUAAUGCCGAAAAUAAAGGCAAUGGAAGGACGAAGAGGUCGCCCUCCAAAUCCCGAAAAGCAGCGUGUUAGAGAUGAAUCUAAAAUGAGACGUCGCAAAGGCAGGCCACCAAAUAUUGCAAGGCCAGAUUUCCAAAAGAACAGUGAUGCAAAACUUUUAAGAAAAUUGGAAGCUCAAGCAUAUGCAAGAAAAGCAGCAGAAUUAAAGAUGAUGCAGAAACUUGAAAAGCAAGCAUUAGCACAGAAGGCUAAAGAAGCUAGGAAACAGCAAGCAAUAAUGGCAGCAGAGGAAAAACGGAAACAAAAGGAGCAACUGAAGAUGAUAAGACAACAGGAAAAAAUCAAAAGAAUUCAGCAAAUAAGAAUGGAAAAGGAACUGAGAGCUCAGCAAAUUCUAGAGGCUAAGAGGAAAAAGAAGGAAGAAGCAGCAAAUGCAAAGUUAUUGGAAGCCGAGAAACGAAUGAAGGAGAAGGAAUUAAGAAGGCAACAAGCUGUUCUCCUUAAGCAUCAGGAGUUGGAGAGGCAUAGACUAGAUAUGGAAAAAGAGAGGCGAAGGCAACAUAUGAUGCUCAUGAAAGCAGUGGAAGCCCGGAAAAAAGCUGAAGAAAAGGAGCGACUAAAGCAAGAGAAGAAGGUUGAGAAACGUUUAAAUAAAGAACGGAAAUUAGAACAGAAAAAGUUGGAGCUGCAAAUGGCAAAGGAGCUAAAGAAACCUAAUGAAGAUAUGUGUUUGUCAGAUCAUAAGGCUCUACCAGAAUUCCACCCCAUUCCUGGUCUUGUACUACCUGGGGGUGCUUUUGCUGAUUGCCUUAUGGUCGUACAGUUUCUCCACAACUUUGGUAAGGUUCUAGGCUUUGAUUUAAGUAUUGAUGUCCCAACUUUGAAUGUACUUCAAGAAGGACUGCUUAAUGUGGGUGACAGCAUGAGAGAAGUCCAGAAUUUAUUGGUGAGACUGUUGGCUGCUGCUGUACAUGACCCAGGGCUACCAUCAGGUCAUAAGGCACGAACUUUUCUUGGAGACCAUGUGACCAACGUCAGGAUUAACAAGGAUACUGUUUCAGAGAUCUUACAGAUCUACCUGGAGGCCCAUAAUGGACAAACUGAACUUAGUCAGAGUUUAAACACAAAACCUUUCCAGGCACACACGCCAGCUCAGAAAGCUUCUGUACUUGCAUUCUUGGUUAAUGAACUUGCAUGCAGCAAGGUUGUGGUAAAUGAAAUUGAUAAAAACAUUGACCACAUGUCCAAUCUGAGACGAGACAAAUGGAUUGUGGAAGGAAAACUUCGGAAGCUUAAGAUUAUUCAUGCUAAACGAACUGGUAAGAAGGAGACUAUUGGCAGUGCUGAUAGCAAUGGAGAGCACCGGUUUUUAGGAACUCCCACUCCUGGUCGAAAGAGAAAAAGAAAAUGUGGGGAUAGCGAUGAUGAUGAUGAUGACGAUGAUGACAGUGAUGAUCAAGGGGAAGAUGAGGAUGAUGAUGAAGAUAAAGAUGAAGAGAAGAAAGCAAAAAAAAUGGAAAUUGCUGAUGAUGAGGAUGAUGGAGAACAGUCAACAAGUGUAGAAGAAUUGGAGAAGCAGAUUGAGAAGUUGAGCAAGCAACAAAGCCAGUACCGUAAGAAGCUGUUUGAAGCCUCUCAUUCAUUGCGUGCCAUGACAUUUGGCCAAGAUCGCUAUAAACGGCGUUACUGGGUCCUUCCCCAGUGUGGGGGUGUGUUUGUUGAAGGCAUGGAAAGUGCAGAAGGUUCUGAGGAGAUGGCGAAAGAGAGAGAAAAAUUAAAAAACGCUAACAAUUUGCAGAUCAAGGAGGAGCCUUUUGAGCCACCUGAAGACAAAUUGAGCAAUUCUUGUUCAACGACUAACUGUGAUGAUUUGUGCAAAAGUGAUUCAAAAGGGAAAAAUAGCACUAACCUGUUCUUGCAAAAGCCAGGUUCUUUUUCUAAACUGAGUAAGCUGUUAGAGGUAGCUAAAAUGCCUCCUGAAUCAGACUUUGUGACUCAGAAGCAAAAUGUGAACCAAGUAAUUGCCACUCCAUCAUCUCCUAGUCAUUGUAACUCUCAGAGCUCCAUCACAAGUUCCCAGCUAACAAUUCCAUCUGGCAACUCAGAAAAAAUAGACUCUUGUGCAAACUUCUUUAACCCACUGAUAGCUGCCACAGGGAAACUGUACAAUUCUCCUAUACUUCAAAAUGACCAGUUGCUGAAAGUACUUACAGAGAAGGGUGGACAGUGGUUCAGCCUCUUACCGAGAAUGCCUUGUGAUGAAUCUUCCAUCACCUGUACAUAUGUGCCUCCAACCUCCUCGCAACAAAUGGCACAAUCUCAAUUUAAUUCCCAAUCUUCGUCCUCAUCUCCACAUUUGGGUUCAGGAUCCCUGCAGAAUCCACUGGGACUCAAUCCUUUUGCAUUAUCAGCACUGCAGAUGAAACCAGGAUUACCUCUGAUAGGACUUCCAUUCUGUGGUUGGCCAACUGGAGUACUCAAUCCAAGUAUUGCCUUUACCCCACCCAGUUUUGGAUUGACAGAAGGGAAUGUUAAUCCUUUUCUGUUACCUAGCAUUCCUACAAAUGAAUCACCAGCACUGCAAAAUGAAAAACUUCAAAACAGUGCACCUUCUUCAAUUGCUGAAGUAGCAAAACCAGUGGAUUAUCCUAGUCCAAGACCCAUUGCAAAAGAAAUGCAACAAGGCUGGUGGAGAAUCAUUGAUCCAGAAGAGCUAAAGACGCUGUCUAAAGUACUUCAUCUCAGGGGAAUAAGAGAAAAGGCUUUGCAGAAACAACUUCAAAAACACUUGGAUUACAUCAGUCAGGCUUGCAUCAAAAGUAAAGAUGUUGCAAUAUUUGAAAUAAGUGAAGAUGGUGAAGAAAGCCAGGUUACUGAUGAGGCUGUGCGUAACUGGUCAAUUGAAGAUCAAGCAUUUGAAAUUGACAUUGCCCUUCUUCAGCAAGUUGAAGAGCUGGAAAGAAAGGUGGCAUCAGCAAGUCUGCAGAUAAAGGGCUGGAUAUGUCCAGAACCUGCUUCAGACCGAGAUGAUCUAGUCUACUAUGAACACAAACCUUUUGAGUUGGAACAGACUGGUGGAGACCACAAUGGCGAAGAGGACACGGAAAAUUGCAGCAGUAUAGAACGACGGGAUGGCAACCCUCUAGAUAUAGCUGUAACGAGGCUGGCUGAUUUGGAGAAGAACAUAGAGAGAAGGUAUCUGAAGAGCCCCUUAAGUACCACCAUUCAGAUCAAACUGGAUAAUGUGGGCACAGUUACAGUUCCUGCUCCUGCACCAUCCAAUACUGGUGAUGGUGAUGGAAGUGAGGAAGACAUUGCUCCUGGAUUGAAAAUGUGGCGUAAAGCCUUGUCUCAAGCUCACAGUGCUGCUCAGGUAGCAAUGUGCCUUCAACAGUUAGAGAAGGCUAUAGCAUGGGAGAAAUCAAUCAUGAAAGUUUAUUGCCAGAUAUGUCGAAAAGGAGAUAAUGAAGAAUUGCUUCUACUUUGUGAUGGUUGUGACAAGGGAUGUCAUACUUACUGCCACAGACCUAAGAUUACGACAAUUCCAGAUGGAGACUGGUUUUGUCCUGCCUGCAUUGCUAAGGCAAGUGGUCAGUCCCCACGGAGUAAAAAGUUCCUAAGUCGUCCAAGAAAAUGUUUUGAACAGAAGAAGGGUAGAAGAUUAUCUGGAGCCAGUGUUAGUGAUGAAGAGGAAACAGCUAGUACCAGCAGCACUCCAAAGAAAGGAGGAAAAGAAUCCAAAAAACGAAAGGUGGAUGACAGCUCAUCUUUGAACUCACCUAGGCUAGAAGGUCCAUCACCUACCAAAAAGUGGAAAACUGUAAAAGAUAAUAGCAAGGAUUUGGCUUUGUGCAGCAUUAUGCUAUCGGAGUUGGAAACCCAUGAGGAUGGUUGGCCCUUUUUACUCCCUGUGAACUCCAAACUAGUACCAGGAUAUAGAAAAGUUAUCAAGAAACCCAUGGACUUCUCUACAAUUAGAGAAAAACUCAGCAAUGGAUUAUAUCCUAAUACCGAAGUAUUUGCUGUGGAUGCAAGACUAGUAUUUGACAACUGUGAAACAUUUAAUGAAGACGAUUCAGAUAUAGGCAGAGCUGGUCACAACAUGAGGAGAUUUUUUGAGAAGCGAUGGGCUGAGCUUUUUAAGGGAAGCUAAUGCAAUCACAAUAUGAACUAAAAUAUACGACAUUUGGACCAGCAGCCUGAAAUACUGGUGUCUUCAAAUCUGUAGGGAAGUGCAGGAUAAUUUGCACAAAAGCAACAGAUACUUCACAUCACUGCUUACGAUAGGGAAGUAUCAGCCAAGGAUUAUUGUCGAAAAGAAGGUUUGCUCCUUUGGAGAUCAUAGCUCUUGAACUAUGGAAAUGUUUUACGGACAGCUUCGGUAGAACAGGGAAGCACACCCAAAGAGUUCAGUGGCAUGGGGUGGUCCUAGUGCAAUAGCAAACAAUAUUUCAAAAACGCACUGAAAUAAUAUACAACCACCAGAGCUGUAAAAGGGGACUGGAAUUCCUCUCCCCUUUAUGUAAAAAAAAUGGAAGUAAAUGGAAAAAAUCUUGAAUUUUUUUCGUAGCUUAUAUUUUAGUGAAUGUAUUUAAUUUUUGUUAAUUUAUGAGUAAAAUGUCAAGUCUUCAUUUUCUAUGAAAAGGAAGAGGCAGCAAAAUUGCUUUAAAUCUUCAAGGAAAUAAAACAACGAAUGUUUUUGAAUAAUAAAACAAAGCCAAUUAAUAAUUGUUUACACUGUUCUGUCCGGGAAGGACACUGGAGAACCUGUUGUUACUGUAGACAUAAUUUACAGAUCUGCUUAUCAAUGCACCACCUACUUAGUCUCAAGGUAAAUUCAAGAACAGUGGAUCAACAAAGAAACAUCUGUAUAUAAUUGUUCAUUAAUGUUAAUAUUAAUUAAGUCUUGUUCAGAUAUGUAUGAUGUGUACAUAUUGUUUGCAGGCAUUGAAUAUUGUUAUGCCUUAGAAUAACUGUAGCAUUUUAUUUUAGUGUUAAAAUUAUUAUACAUAUAUGGCUUGUACAUAUCCUCUACAAACACUGUGGAGUCUCCUAAUGUUGGGUAGUGCCUGCCUUUAAAACAGGGUGUAGGGGAUAUUAGGUUUUCCAUUUUCUAUUUUUGUUAUAUAAUUUUGAGCCACUGUGGUCUCAAAUUCCAAUGUAAUCAUUUGUAUCCAUACAAUAAAUUACAAUUUCCUAUACACAGUAUUUUUCAUAAUGCAUUUCCCUCCAUCUGCCUUGCCACGAAACCUGGUACACAAUGGCUCUUUGUAACCACUGUGUUUUGCAGUGGCCAGUUGGAGGCAGCUCAGAUCAGAAAUUUUUGUACCUGAGUCAAAGUACUUGAAGUUAUUUUAUUUAAAUAUGUUGUGAAAAAGGGUAGUUUCUUUCUUAGGAGCAUUAUUUUUCACUAGUAUGUGUGGCACGGACAUAAUA